CGUUCCUCCCUCGCCCUCGCCUACUUGGCUUCCCCUCCUCCAGCCGCCCCCGCCCCCGCCGCCACUACCGCAAAAUAGAGAAACGCAACUCCAAGCCGAGGACUCCCUCGCGACCUCCUCCGCCGCCGGCGCCGCCCGCCCGCCCGCCGAAGCCUGGUCCAAGCCGGAGCCGAGCGGACAGGAAGGGGCGGCCAAGAUGCCGACGGUCACCUGCAACGCCUGCAACGCGGCGUUCGAGGAGGAGGAGGAGCAGCGCCUCCACUACCGCUCCGAGUGGCACCGCUACAACCUCAAGCGCAAGGUGGCUGGAGUUCCUGGAGUUACCGAGGCUCUGUUUAUUGCUAGACAAACUGUUUUAGCAGAGGGAAGCAAUUCUACCAUUGCUCCUCCAAUGUCUUACAGCUGUGCUCUUUGUGGAAAAGGGUACAGGAGUGCAAAAGCUCAUGCCCAACAUCUCACCACGCGAUCACAUCUCUUGAGAGCUUCUCAGGAGCCCAAUGCCUCCACUGCUGCAGUAGUCAAGCCACUUCCUGAGCGAGUCCCUCGUAGAGCCCCCUCCGCAAUGGAAGAAGAUGAAGAUGAAGAUGAGGAUGAGGAGGACGAGUGGGUUGAAAUGGACCCAAGUGAGUUGGAGUCUACUUCAAACAUGCAAGUAGAUGAGGACUCUAAAUCAGAUGAUGAGAUGGCUGAUCUUGAAAUGUUGGAUCCCUCUGUCUGCUUCAUGUGCGAUCUCAAGCAUGACAACAUAGAGGACUGCAUGAUCCAUAUGCACAAAAAGCAUGGUUUCUUCAUACCUGACAGUGAAUACUUGAAGGAUCCCAAUGGCCUUCUUAUAUAUGUUGGACUGAAGGUGAAGCGUGACUUUAUGUGCCUCUACUGCAAUGACAGAUGCCAGCCUUUUCAAAGUCUUGAGGCUGUCAGGAAGCAUAUGGAUGCAAAAGGUCACUGCAAAUUACGUUAUGGAGAUGGUGGGGAGGAUGAAGAUGCUGACCUUGAGGAUUUCUAUGAUUACAGUAGCAGCUAUGUUGAUGUGGAGGGCAAGCAGUUGGUUGCUGCAGGUGACAUGGACAACAGCAUUGAACUGGGAGGUGGUGGAUCUGAGCUCGUGAUCACAAGUAAGAGCGAGAAGGGGAGACGUGUGACGACUCUUGGCUCCCGAGAGUUCAUCCGCUACUACCGCCAGAAGCCACGGCCUUCGGUUGCAGCAGACCGUGCACUUGCGCUUUCCCUGGCUUCCAGCUACAAGAGCAUGGGCUUGGUGACGGUCCAGUCCAAGGAGCAGAUGGUGAGGCUGAAGGUCCUGCGAGCGAUGAACAAGAGCGGGGUGGAGACGAUGAGGACCAAGAUCGGGAUGAAGAGCAACGUGAUCCGGAACCUGCCCAAGAACGUCCCGUACUAGUCGCGACGCCCACCCUUCCUGUAGGAGCAGUCAGUCCGUGGAGCUCCAGCACUACUCACUGCCCUUGCCGCCAUUGGCGUGUUUUGUCGACGAUAUCUAGAAUAACAGCGUCCUUUGUCGAAGUUUUGUGUGGCUGCUGGUAUCGACACUGCUAUCUACACCCUUCAGCCCAGCUGAACCUAUGACGAGUCUCGUGUCUCAUGCGGAGACUGACUAAAUUGUACUCCAGCUUGUGACUUGUCGAAAAUGAUAUUGGAUUCCGUUUUGA